AUGGAUGUCGUGCGAGGGACCCCGACUGCUCGCAAGGCACGUUACGAGCAAGGUUUCCGCGAAUGGAUGUCACUACGCCGAAAGAAUGAAGAUGUUGGCUCGUCAAUUGAUUUUCUCGGUCUGGAUGACCCCGGUCUCCUGCCCAUGCACCCUCAUUUUCCGUUAGGCCUCGACCUUGAGCUCUGGGGUGAGACACUCUACGCUGCCGGUCGCUCAAAAUGGCGCUCGGGAUGCAGUUCUCAGGACAUCCCGGACUUCACCAAAGAAUUUCGACUGAGGAUAUCAGUGCAAAAGCCUACAAUCGUUAGGUUUGAAAGCAGUGCAUGUGCCUUUCCCAAGUGGUUUGGCAACGACGGCGGCCAUCUUGCGGUCUUAGUCUUGGCUUGGGCUUAUAUCCUAUCUGCGCGUUGGUCAGAGGUCAUGCCGGGAGCAGGCAUCUGCUACACUGAAACAGAAGAGAGAAGUCAAAGCAAAAUCAAAGAUCCAGAGCUCAAUAAAGUGUGCACCGUGGCUAUUGGCACGAAGAGUGUAAGCGCACUUCAGUGGUGGAAGGCAGUCAUCGCUCCAGGUCGCUCGUGGUCUGCAACAAUUUCGAAAAGCGGCAAGACAUCUAUUUCGCCUUGGAGUACAUUGAGCUCGAUACCAGAGGAUUUGGAUCUACGUGUUGAGGGCGUUGAGGGGUCAGAUGAGGGCGUCGCAGGGGAGCAAAGUCUCUCCGCACCAUCGUCCAAUGAAGCCGUGCAAUACUUAAUGGAAUACUGCAAGUAUCACAGCAUACAAAACCAAUGUAAGGCUGCGUUGUCAGUUGCACUGGUGUUACCUCUGGUCAGAGGUAGCAGGCGGAGCGUUCGGCUCCCAGUCCCUCAAUCUUCCCCAGAACGACUAUCGUUGGAUCCCAACCCGACCCUGUUUACUUUCAAGCAAGAGCAGCUUGACAAGCUGCUCAUGCUGAGUUGCAAUUGCGAUGGAAUUGAAGCUGUUUUGAGUAGCUGUUUUUUGAAUCCAGACGUCCCCGGCAAUGUCUGCAGUUACUACCUGCAGGGUAUCUUCGCAGUCAUCGACUCAACUCAUGAGAUACAAGCACGCACGUCGCUCCUGAUGCGGGGACUUGGCCGCAUGGGAUUCCUAUGGCUAGGCGCUGGUAUAGCUGGUUUGCAAGAGGGGGUGCUGAAUCUUUUCCGCCAGCGGAUCUCCGAGCCUGAACUGCACUCUGCUGCUUGGACUCAGACGCUGCAAUCUUUCAUCCAACAGCCAGUCCUGGGUGUCCAAAAUGGACGAGUUGCACGUGCAGAUGAGUGCAAACUCCUCUUUCUGACUCAGACAAAAUGGCACACAAAUCCGCCCUUGUCAGCAUGGUCUCUUUUCGGGACCACAGAAUUGAGAGAUGUCAACCUUGAGGUUGAAGAACACAUUGGCUGUGGAUCACACUGCUUGUUCUACGACAGCUGGACUUGGAGCUGCCGCGACAAAAACAAUUCGGUCUCUCAUCGACCAAGUCACAACAUACCCAGAUUACGCUCUGUACAGAGGGUCAUUGACGACACAAUACCUGUGUCUUACAAUGCCUUUGAUCUCGAAGAGGAAUCCGCGUCCGAAAACACGACCUUGAACAACUUCAACUGGCUGCGUGGGACUGACGGGUAUCCUGUGGCUGAAAGAGACAUUCGGGGCCAUGAAUGGCUUAGAGAAGAAACUGACAGCAAUGAUAUGGAAAGCGAGGAUUCCGAUCAAACCCACAACGGACAGAAGAGGACGCGGACACAGGUUCGAAAGCUUCCAAAGAUGUGGCUGCUGUGUACAGAGACGAAAUACACGAGAGCUGAUUCGAUAUAG